UGCGGCGUCCUGUUCUAUUCCCUACAUAUAUAAUUCUGUUCCAUUGAUGGCAAAGGAUAAAACGGGUAAAGUAGUCCCAUGGAACCCUUCAGGUGAUUAUCGUCAUCUUUUCAUGGUCCUGAAAUUCCUGAAAUUUUUAUGUAGUGUUAAUAACUUUGGUACACGUAUUAAGGUCAUCGAUGGAUUGAUGGAUCCGUUGAGAA